AUGUCCGGUAGGGAUGCUCGAGAUAGAGCCCCAAGGGUGAAGAACCGAGCCGCUGCGGCAGUUCAGAUCACUGCAGAGCAAUUGCUUCGAGAAGCUCAAGAACGUCAAGAGCCUGCUGUUCAAGCACCCAAGCAGAGAGUUCAGGAUCUUGAGGAGCUCACAGAAUUUCAGGGAAGAAAGAGGAAUGAGUUUGAAGGGCGGAUCAGAUAUUCAAGAGAUAGUAUAAGAGCAUGGAUAAAAUAUGCUCAAUGGGAAUCCAGUCAAAAUGAGUUUGAGAGAGCUAGAUCAGUAUUUGAAAGAGCUUUGGAUGUAGAUCCUAGAUCAAAUGAAUUAUGGCUCAAAUACACUGAUAUGGAAUUGAAAGCUCGUAACAUCAACCAUGCUCGAAACCUUUAUGAUCGAGCUGUUACACUUCUUCCUCGAGUCGAUGCGUUAUGGUACAAAUAUGUUUAUCUCGAGGAGUUGCUCUUGAAUAUACCCGGUGCUAGACAGAUCUUUGAAAGGUGGAUGCAAUGGGAACCGAACGAUCAAGCUUGGCAGAGUUAUAUCAAGCUUGAAGAGAGGUAUAAUGAACUUGAUAGAGCUUCAGCAAUCUACGAGAGAUGGAUUGGAGUUAGACCAAUACCGAAGAAUUGGGUUACUUGGGCAAAGUUUGAAGAGGAUAGAGGUCAACCUGAUAAAGCUAGAGAAGUCUUUCAAACGGCGUUGGAGUUUUUCGGGGAUGAAGAAGAGCAAGUAGAAAAAGCUCAACAAGUAUUUGCGGCGUUUGCAAGGAUGGAAACGAGGUUGAAGGAGUAUGAAAGAGCUCGAGUGAUUUAUAAAUUCGCUCUGGCACGUUUACCCCGAUCCAAAUCUGCAAGUUUGUACGCUGCAUACACCAAAUUCGAGAAACAGCACGGUGAUCGUGCAGGCGUAGAACUCACUGUCCUUGGAAAACGACGUAUACAGUACGAGGAGGAACUCGCCUAUGAUGGGACAAAUUACGAUGCAUGGUUUUCGUUAGCCAGGUUGGAAGAGGAUGCUUAUCGAGCAGAUAAAGAGGAUGGAGAGGAUGUGGAGCCCACGAGGGUCCGUGAAGCGUAUGAGAGGGCGGUGGCAAAUGUUCCUCCAGCUUUGGAAAAACGAUAUUGGAGGAGGUAUAUUUAUCUCUGGUUACAAUACGCUGCUUUCGAGGAGAUAGAAACGAAGGAUUAUGGUCGAGCCCGAGAUGUGUACAAAGCUGCUAUCAAGCUUGUUCCGCAUAAGACUUUUACUUUUGCUAAACUCUGGCUCUCUUACGCCUACUUUGAGAUCCGACGACUGGACGUCAGUGCCGCCCGAAAGGUGUUGGGCGCUGGUAUAGGAAUGUGUCCCAAACCCAAACUCUUCUCAGGCUAUAUCGAGUUGGAAAUGAGAUUAAGGGAAUUCGAUCGCGUGCGAACGUUAUAUGAGAAAUUCCUCACAUACGAUCCAUCACUCAGUUCCGGCUGGAUACAAUGGACCCAGGUCGAAUCUGCGGUGGAAGAUUUCGAGCGAGUGCGAGCUAUAUUCGAGCUUGCCGUUCAACAAUCAUUGGACAUGCCAGAGAUUGUAUGGAAAGCUUAUAUCGAUUUCGAAGCUGGAGAAGGAGAACGAGAGCGUGCUCGAUUAUUAUACGAGAGAUUGCUCGAACGUACUUCACACGUCAAGGUGUAUAUCUCAUACGCACUUAUGGAAGUUUCCGUACUUGGUGGCGGCGAGGAUGAAGAUGGAAACGAGAUUGAAGGUGAAGCGGGUGAUCCUGAAAUGGCAAGAGCAAUCUUUGAAAGAGGAUAUAAAGAUCUCAGAGCGAAGGGAGAGAAAGAGGAUCGUGCAUUGCUACUUACUGCUUGGAAAUCGUUCGAAGAGCAGCAUGGUACAUCGGAAGAACAAGCACAUGUGGAAGAGAUGAUGCCUACUACACGAAAGAGAUGGAGGAAAACGGAAGAUGGAAGUGGAGAAUUGGAGGAGUACUGGGAUGUCAUCUUCCCCGACGACGAAAGGGAUGCAAACCCAACGUCAUUCAAAUUCUUCCAAGCUGCUCAACAAUGGGCUGCACAACGUGGCGAGGGAGAAGGAGAAGGUGGUCUGUCUUAUGACUUGCCAUCGGAUUCUGACGAUGACGAUGACGAUGAGGAUGGUGACGCAGAAGAAACAAGAGCAGAACCUAUGGAUGAGGAUGAAUAG